AUGCAGAUUCUUCCACUGCUUUUUAUGAUCCUGUUAACCCAGGCAGAACAGCCUGAUUGCAGGCCACAGGGGCAUCGCCUGCAGCCUGAACUGGAGAAAGAUGGAGACGUGAUCAUCGGGGGUAUCUUUUCCUUCCGCACCAUACAAGACGGCUACAUAGAUUCCUUUACAAAAAUGCCCAUGAUACGUCCAUGCAAAGAUUUCAGUUUCAGAGAAUUCAAGUUUGCACACACAAUGAUGUUUGCAAUAGAAGAGAUAAACAAAGAAACAGAUAUUCUUCCUGGAGUAACACUGGGUUACAAGAUUUACAAUAACUGUGGAUCCACAGACAUACUAAGAGCAGCAAUGGCAUUGGUAAGUGGUGUGGAGCAGUCACAAACAGAUGCAUAUUGCACUAAGCCAGUUGGAGCAAUCAUUGGACACUCCGGAUCAACACCAACUAUGAGCUUUGCAAAAAUUGUUGGAAGAUUUAACAUACCGGUGAUAAGUCAUUUUGCUACAUGUGCUUGCUUAAGCAAUAGAAAGGAGUAUCCCUCCUUCUUCAGAACCAUUCCCAGUGAUUUCCACCAAAGCAGAGCGCUGGCCCAGCUGGUAAAACACUUCGGCUGGAUGUGGGUUGGAGCAUUAAGCAACAAAAAUGAUUAUGGAAUAAACGGGAUAACUACUUUCGUUACAGCCGCUCAUGAGGAGGGGGUGUGCAUUGAGUACUCAGAAGCUUUUGAAAGUACCAGUCCCUACAGCGAAAUACUGAGAAUUGUAAAUAUCAUCAGAGGGUCCACAUCAAAGGUAAUAAUGGCCUUCAUGUCACACAGAGAGAUUAAGAUGCUGGUGGGGGAGUUAUACAGGCAGAACAUUACAGGACUGCAAUGGAUUGGCAGUGAUGCUUGGAUCACAGACGACUCGCUUACCGAUAGCCCAGGACACACGCUGCUGAUCGGAUCUAUAGGAUUCACUGUCCGCAAUGCGCAGAUCACUGGACUAGGACCUUUUCUUCAGGAGGUCAACCCUUCUCAAUUUCCCGAUAGCAUGUUUCUCAAAGAAUUCUGGGAAAAUGUAUUUAACUGUUCUUUAACUCAGAGUGAGGCUAGAAAGAGAUGUAACGGCUCAGAGCACCUGCGAGAUGUGCCAAACUCCUUUACUGAUAUGACUGAUUUAAGGUUUACUAAUAAUAUAUAUCAAGCUGUUUAUGCAGUGGCCCAUGCUAUUCACAAUUUCAUGCUUUCAUGUGAGAAAAACAAAAGCUCCAUUCCUACUGACAUCUGUCCAAAGCUUAAUCAAAUAACACCAUGGCAGGUUUUAAACUUCUUGCAAUCUGUAAAUUUCACCACACCUGGGGGCGAAAAUUUUGUCUUUUUUGACAACAAUGGAGAUUCCCCAGCUAGGUAUGAGCUGAUAAAUCUGCAAAGUGUUAAUAAAGGAAAAAUGGAGGUAGAUACAAUUGGCUAUUAUGAUGCUUCCUUGCCUAAAGGUCAGCGGUUCUCUAUGAACCAUGUUCAGAUAGUCUGGCGAAAAGGAAGCAAUAUGGUGCCUGUAUCUGUGUGCAGUGAGAGUUGUCCUCCAGGCACUAGAAAGGCUGCACAGAUAGGAAGACCUGUCUGCUGUUAUGACUGCAUACAAUGUCCACCAGGAGAGAUCAGUAAUGAGACAGAUUCCAUUGGUUGCCUCAAAUGCCCUGUUGCACAGUGGUCAAAUACAAGAGGAGACGCCUGCAUCCCUAAAGAAGUGGAAUUCUUGUUAUAUGAAGAAAUAAUGGGAAUAACUCUGGCAUUGUUUGCUUUAAUUGGGGUCUUUCUCACAAUGGUAGCCAUGCUUAUUUUCUAUAUCUACAGAAGCACACCUAUUGUCAGAGCAAACAACUCAGAGCUAAGCUUCCUGUUGCUCUUCUCAUUGACUUUGUGUUUUCUCUGUUCACUUACUUUCAUUGGUCGCCCCACCGAGUGGUCCUGUAUGUUGCGUCAUACGGCGUUUGGGAUCACUUUUGUCCUCUGUAUCUCCUGUGUUCUGGGGAAAACAAUAGUGGUGUUAAUGGCAUUCAAGGCCACACUUCCAGGAAGUAAUGUCAUGAAAUGGUUUGGGCCUGCACAACAGAGACUCAGCGUACUUGGCAUCACACUCAUUCAGGUUCUUAUCUGUUUGUUUUGGUUAACAUUAUCUCCUCCUCUUCCAAAUAUGAACUUAAAUCAUUACCAAGACAAAAUCAUUUUAGAAUGUAAUGUAGGUUCAGCUGUUGGUUUCUGGGCUGUGUUGGGUUAUAUUAGUCUCCUGGCUUUUAUUUGCUUUGUUUUAGCCUUUCUGGCACGGAAACUGCCGGAUAAUUUCAAUGAAGCUAAAUUCAUCACAUUCAGUAUGCUCAUAUUCUGCGCUGUAUGGAUCACAUUUAUCCCAGCUUAUGUCAGUUCACCUGGAAAGUUUAUUGUAGCUGUGGAGAUAUUUGCUAUUUUGGGAUCUAGCUUUGGUUUACUGUUCUGCAUUUUUUUGCCAAAAUGCUAUAUAAUUUUGAUGAGACCUGAAAUGAACACCAAAAAGCUUGUCAUGGUAAAGACAUCUCAGGUUGUUCAUCAUUAG